CCCUAAUGUAAAUCUAAUCUUCCGGUCAACGCUACAAUAACUCCUACAUCGUUUGAUUAACCGAAUUAUAGCUAGCUUGAACCUAAUACUUAAAAGGAACCCUCCCAUGGCAACCUUCCACUUUAGUAAGGUUGCCUUCUACAUAAGCGAGGCUGCUUCCUACUGGAAGGGCACCUAGGACCGACCAGUCUAGACUGCCUGCCCGUUUUACCACCCUGCUACCACGGCCAGUACCAUGAAAAUUCAGCUACAACAACUACUUCCUGCCACAACUACCACCCCUCCACCAACCAAUACUACAUCAGCUACAUCAACUACAACAACUGCUGAACAUGGACAAGACAGGCAAUGCAGCAAGCAGAAACCGGUACACCUUUUAAGCAAAGCUGCCGAAAAAAUUUUCAACUAGGCGAAUCCUCACAAAAACAGCUCAAGAGUAAAUACUCCCAACAUGAUAACAUCAACCUCACAACAUAAUAGGCCAAAACAGGUUACUAACCAUUGGCAGGCUGCAAAUAGCAAUAGAUAAACACCAGAAGGGCAAAUGAACAAGUUUCAGUCCUGGAAUGUAAAUCCUUCAAAGAAUAGUAGAAUGACCUUCUAAAAAGAUGAUUUUUUUUUGCAAUUGAAACUUGCUGGAAGAAGCUUGAUGCACUGUAGCCUCAUAGGUAAAACUUGUAGACUUUGUGAGAUGAAAGAGGUUUAGUUAACGCAUUCGUUAACGCAUUUGUUAGGUGGGUAAAAGUACGA